GUGGCUGCACUGGGUGUCCACUGUCCCUGCGGGCAGGCUGAAGGUGAGUGUGCUGCAGAGCAGGGUGAGGACUAGACCAUGAGGGGGACAUGGCUGGUGCUACUGAUGCUGGUGCUGGCGACCUGCGGCCACGAGCUCGCGGAGGCCCUGCAAUGCUACACCUGUCAUGAGCCUACUAGUGUGUCCAGCUGUGUUGCCGUCGCCACCUGCAAUGCCAACGAGACCAUGUGCAAGACCACCCUCUACAGCCUGGAGAUAGUAUACCCCUUCGUGGGGGACUCCACGGUGACCAAGUCCUGCGCCGUCAAGUGUGUGCCCUCGGACGUGGACGGCAUCGGCCAGACCCGGCCCGUGUCCUGCUGCAACACGGACCUCUGCAACAUAGACGGGGCCCCUGCCCUGGCCGGUGGCUGCGGCCUGGCCUUGGCGCUGGCACUCCUCCUGCUGGGCAGCCUCGGCCUCUAGAGCCCCCGCCACCUCUGUCCCCACCCCCACCCCGCUCCCUGUGAGCCAGUCCUGAGUGUCCCUGAAGAAGCAUUGUUCCU